AUAUAUGACUUUACAAUAACUGUACGUUCCUUUGUCAAUUUUCACACUCUUUAGUCUUUUACUACGUCUCAUAUUUCACUAACAACUCACAAUGACCGCAACUGAAGGAAAGGCCUAUUUUCUACCCAUUACAUAAACUUUCAGAAAUCAGAUGUGACCAUGACCAGGAUAAAAAUGUUUGAUAUGUCCCUCUAGCACCCACCACGUUAAAAUUUUUCAAAGAUGCCAGAUGCUUUUACUCUUUAAUAAAUGGAUUUCUUUUUUUCCCACACAAGAUUGCCGGAGACUUUUCCAAAGUUUGUGGACCACACAGCAAGCUUUUUGGUUUAUCAUGAGAAAGACGCGUAUUUUACUCAAACCAGCAGAAAAGAUUUCAUAACAAAGUUUUGAGUGUUGAGAGGUUUUGAGGAGUCAAGGAAUCAAGUUUUUCCACUGCGGCUCAAUGGGGAAGGUGAGUAGGAAACUCUCUUCUGUUGACUUCGUAACUUGGCAUAUAUGAAGGGAUUUCCCGAUGCACAUAUCAUGUUUCACAUGUACUUCCACCUUGCUCUAACUUUUAGUCUGCUUUUACAAGUCUUUCAUACCCAAUUUCCAAGUCAGCUACUGCGUUAACCAGAGAAAUUACUUAUAUUAGUGACUUAAGAUGAAAAGAAGCUACAAGAACACGUAGUUUUGAUUAAGAGUAAGAGAUUCUUGGUGGUGAUUGGAAUCUUGAAAUGGCUUCUGUCUUUCUGUGUGUUUUUUUUUUAAUCUCGCACCUUGUGUUGCUUUAUUCGGCUGAAGGAGAAGAGAUAUACCCACCAGGCUGUCCACCCUUUUUUUGCGGAAAAGUCGGCACGAUUCGUUUUCCAUUCGCCAAUGACACAAGCCCAGAAUGCGGUUUGCUCAUCUUACAUGAUUGCGGAGAUCCACAUCAAAUGAAAACCCCGAAGAUCAAACUGGAGAGGAAUGGAACACUACUGUCGUACAAUGUUGAAACCAUCUCUCAGGCUAAUAUCAUACAGUUUAAGGACCCACAAUUGCAGUCUGUGUUGGAUUCCAAUCGUUGCGAAUCCUUAAAAAAUUGGACUCUUCCCAGUCCCAGAUCUCCAUUCAUCUCUUUUCAUCUAGUCUCACACAACCUGACCCUGUUCAAAUGCAACCGCGCUCUCAAUAUUCCUCCCCCUACAGGUUUUAAUAGAACAAAUUGCAGUAACUAUGACAUCUAUUAUAGUCCUCCACAUUAUAAUUUGACGCUCUCUCCACCUAAAUGUCCAAUUAUUCAGCUCCCAUGGAACUGGCAAUAUAAAGGUAAUGACCUGUUUAGAUUGUUAUCUGCUGAGAUUUUUCUUGAAGUGCGUGUGACUAGAGGUUGUCGCGAGUGUCAUAUCAAAGGUGGUCAAUGUAAGACUGACAACAAAGGAAAAUCUUAUUGUACCAAAGGGACGAAAGGGAAUAGCAAAAGGGUAUUAGUGAUUGGAUUUGCUACUGGAUGCUCGACCCUCAUAAUUUUCUUGGUCGUUGGCGUUGCUAUCUGGGUUGUUUACAAGAAAAAACACCCUUCGCAAAAAUUUCUUUCAAAGACUACUUAUUCUGAUAGAUCCUCAAGAUCAGACCUGGAAGGGGGGAGCGUCUAUUUUGGAAUCCCUGUUUUCUCCUACACAGAACUUGAAGAAGCUACAAACAAUUUUGAUAUUGAGAAAGAACUAGGAGAUGGAGGAUUUGGAACCGUCUAUCAUGGCAAACUCCGUGAUGGGCGGGAAGUUGCAGUCAAGCGCCUAUAUGAACACAACUACAGACGAGUAGAACAGUUCCUGAAUGAAGUUAAAAUCCUUACGCGCUUGCACCACAAAAAUCUUGUCUCCCUUUAUGGGUGUACUUCACGCCAUAGCCGUGAACUACUUCUUGUGUAUGAGUUCGUGCCUAAGGGUACUGUUGCUGAUCAUAUUCAUGGCGAUCGGGCAACAUCAGGUUCACUCAAAUGGGCAACUCGUUUGAGCAUUGCCAUAGAAACUGCCAGUGCUUUGGCUUAUCUCCACGCUUCUGACAUCAUACAUCGUGACGUAAAGACUAAUAACAUUCUCCUUGAUGACAACUUUUGCGUCAAAGUUGCGGAUUUUGGGCUUUCUCGGCUGUUCCCCAAUGAUGUCACCCAUGUCUCUACUGCUCCUCAAGGGACACCGGGCUAUGUUGAUCCAGAAUACCACCAAUGCUACCAGCUUACUAGUAAGAGUGAUGUUUACAGCUUUGGAGUUGUCCUCAUCGAGCUCAUAUCAUCUCUGCCAGCUGUUGAUAUGGCUAGGCAUAGGCCUGAAAUUAAUUUGGCUAACUUAGCCAUAAACAAGAUUGAAAAGUGUGCAUUCCAUGAGUUGAUUGACCCACAUCUUGGAUUUGAGUCGGAUAAUGAAGUUAAAAGGAUGGCCAUGUCGGUGGCAGAGUUGGCCUUUCAAUGUAUACAAGAGGACAAGGAAAUGAGGCCUUCCAUGGAUGAGGUUUUGGAGGCUUUGAAAAAAAUUCAAAGCGGUAACAAUGAUCCAGAGGAAAAGGCAUAUGAUGAUGCUGGGAUCUUGAAUGUGCAGCAAACAGCUUCACCGGAUUGUGAUGAGGUUGGAUUGUUGAAGACCAAGCAACUGCCGCCACCUUCACCAAAUGAUGUGACUGGUAAUUGGACUAGUAGGUCUACCACACCUAAUGUGAGUGGUUAAAUUUCUUCUCCCUUAUAAUUUUUCAAGUAAAUGAUAAGAUUAUGUUUAUAGAAUCAUUAUCAGUGCACAGUGGGUUGAAAUUUCAUUUUCUUCCUUUUU